AAUUUAUUUUGUAUUGUGGGUCUCCAAAAUUAAAGUUUUUGCUGGGUUAUGUUUCAUCAUAUAUAAAGCCUGACAAAUAAUUAUUUGUAAAAUUUAAAUUUCUUUAAAUAAUAAAAUGGAACGGACUCAAUUACCCAAUCAAUUAAAAACUGAAUAUCCUAUUAUAACCACAGGUGGAACAACUUAUAAAAUUGUAGAAUAUUUUAUCAUCUUUCUAUCGUAUCUGUUUUUUAUCCUUACAUUUCCUGUUGCCAUUAUAUUUUGUCUAAAAACUGUAACUGUUUUUGAGCGUCUUAUUGUUUUUCGUUUGGGUAAAAUCAGAAAAGAUGGAGUUAUGGGUCCCGGAUUGGUGUUUUUGUUACCCUGUGUAGAUGAAUAUGUAAAAGUAGAUUUGCGUACACGAUCUUUUGAUGUCAAUCCUCAAGAAAUUAUAACAAAAGAUUCGGUAUCCAUACAAGUAGAUGCCGUAGUCUAUUAUAGCAUAAGAAAUCCUUUGGAUUCGGUGGUAAAAAUUUCAAAUGUUCGCGUAUCUACAAAAUUAUUAGCACAAGCUACUCUACGCACUGUUGUGGGCACAAAAGAUCUAAUGGAACUUUUAACAUCUAAGGAGGCAUUGUCAAAAACUGUUGAACAAAUUUUAGAUGAAGCCACCGAAAAAUGGGGCGUUAAGGUAGAACGUGUUGAAAUCAAACAAAUACAUUUACCCAGAAAUAUGCAAAGAGCCAUGGCGGCCGAACAGGAGGCUGAUCGUGAAGCCCAAGCUAAAUUAGCUGCUGCUCAUGGUGAACUGGAUGCCUCAAUAAACCUUAAAGCGGCUUCAGAUAUUAUGAAAUCAAAUCCUAUGACUCUUCAACUUCGUUAUUUACAAACUCUAAAUACUAUAUCGGCCGAAAAUAAUCACACUGUUAUAUUUCCUUUCCCGAUGGGUGUGAUAAGACAAAUUAUGAGGAAUUUUGGUAGUAAUAUUGUUAGAGGAAAUGGAACUAAUGUAUUUUUAACAUUUCAGAGCAUUGCUGCGAUGAUCCCCAAUGUUGCUUGCCCGACACUAAAGUCAACAAAAAACUUCAAACUAAAAUAGAGAAUUUCGAUAGUGGAGUUUGAAAAUUUUAACCAAAUUUAUUCCUUUUUACAAAUUUAAUAAUUCCUUAAAAAUAUUAACAUAAAUUUCAAUGCCACGCAAAUAAACAUCAGCC